UGAGAACAGUUACACGUCAGUGUUGCUAAGAAACCCCAAAAAUGGUUUAUGAGGGGCUAAACUGCCUCUGAUGUGGCCCCAAUUAUGGGUGUAUAUGGUGAGCAGGGCAGAAAGCUCUCAGCUCUCUGAACUCAGGAGGAAAGGCACAGCUCCAAAAGUGCGUUUUAUUGUUCUCUGCUGAUAGUGAAAACCCUGCUGAGAAUUAUAGUGACCCUGAAAGCACAUGCUUUGUUCUUGUUCUGUUCUGAUGUUACCUCUUGUGUUCUUUUGUGAGGUGUAUUUCGGCUCGUCUUUCAUUUGGCUGAAGGGAAGCUGUUCCAAUGGCCUCAGAAAGGCAAAGAGAGGAUACAGAACACCUGUUUGAGCCUCCUGCAGCUCCUUUUCAGAGUGGCAGAACGUUUCAAUGGGGAGCUAUACUUGCUGCAGUGAAAGAUCAGCUCCCAUCUCUGGACUCUGAUGACUCCACACCUGACUGUGACAGUGAUGGGGAGCUUUUCAUCUUCCAGCGGGAGCAGCCAAACUUAAUUCCUGACCUGUCAGAAGAACUGAUGGAGUUUUCCUUGGAUGAUUCAAACAUGCAGGGAACAGAAAGCCAUCCAUGGGAGAUCUGUGGUGGAGAUCUAGAAAGCUUUGGGUUUCAGAAAAAAACAGAUAGUGCCCAAGUCAUUGCAAAAGAUGAUGUACAAGUGAUUAAAGAUGAGACUCCCAGUCUUGCCAGCUAUACUGAAGAAAUGCGAAACCAAAAGGCAGCUGUUGGUGAAGAGUCUCUUGCAGAUUCCACAGAUUGCCUUGAAGGGGAAGAACUGGACAGGACACAGGCCAGGGAAAUACAGACCUCUUGGCUUAAUAAAGCAUUGUCUGUGGAGGAUUUGAGCAACUGGAAAGAGAGAAGAAAACUGAUAGAGACAAAAAUACUCUCCAAAACAAUCCUGGAGCCAUCGCAAGGCCACUCGGAGCCAGAUUUCAAGCCUUCCUCCCAUAAUGUUAGCAACAGCCUAUUAAAAACUGAUAAGGAAGAAAACUCCUCAGAUCAUCUGAAAGGAUCGACCCAUCUAUCACUGCGGAGUAUUGAAAAAUGGGAUCUAGACAAGAUUCUUGAGGAGCUGGAGCAGCAGAAAGAUAACACUCAUGCAGAAGUUCCUUUCUCCUCAGCAGAUCAUGGCACCUUCAGGACUAAAUCUGAAAAUCAGCUCAUGGAAAAGCUAAAAGAGCUGUGUGCCAGGCAGUCUAGGACUGUGUCUCCGUAUUGCAGGUGGCCACCAGCCAAGCUCUCCUUUCAAGAACAUCAGGAAAAUAAGUAGGUCCUUUUUCUGUCAUAUACACUGGGUGUUGCCUCUCCACGAAGUUCUUCAAGGAUGGAUAUGGUGAGCUUACAGAGCCUGCCAGACCCUGCAACCGUGUACAUCGACCUGAGAGAUGCUAAACCACAGAAGUCAGUAACGUUCCCUGAUGAGGAACAAAGCACAAGUGACAGCUCCACUGAAGAAGAGACUAUGACGACUGAGGACCAAGCAGAAAGGAGAAGGAGGAAUUGUUCAGCGAAAAGCCUGCUACUCCAACAACUCCAUAGAGCCCGUAAUGAAGCCUCAGAGCUUUCUCAUGAAACAUCUACCCCAGCUGAAAAACUUGAAGGAAUAAAACAGGAUCCAGAAAGUCUGGAAGAGAUAGGUUCAUCUGAAAUAAAUCAAAGCCCGUAUUCUGAAGUGAGGCAAGAGACAAGUGAGGUGAUUCCCAGGAUGAGAUUGGAACCAGAGAAGACAAAUACCCCGUUGUCGAGCCAUGGGGGUAAUGGAACUGAGAUAGAGAAAGAAACCAAAAUGGAAGCUGAGAAGGUUCAAACUUAAGGAAAUUCUCCAGAGCCUCCUCUAACUACACCAGAAUUGCCAAGGGCAGAAGAAAGUAAAAAAGAGCUAUCCCAAAAGGAAGAACAGAUGAAAGAGAGGCAUAGGAGACACAGAUUCCAGGAGCAGCUGGAGAGACUGCAGCCUCAGCAGUCAGUUACUGGAAAGCAGCCCAUGGCAGAGAAUACCCCUGUUUUGUUCCACAUGUCUACCUCUUACUUGCCAGCUAUUGACACAUUGCCUAGCCACACUAUGAAAAAUGAGGUGCUACUUCUGACCUUUCGGCUGUCAAGUUGUGGCCAAGUAGCUACAGAUCAGCACAGGGAGCAGGGGCCUGCUGUGCUGCUGAGAGCAGCCAUCAUCUACCAGGCUCUUGUGACACGGCUGCUCCCUCUGGUGCCUUCUGUGAAAAUGGAAGAUGGACCCAAGGCUCUGUUUGAGGUGGUAGGGCUGCAGCAGGCCUGGGGAGAGGGUGGGUUGGCCCUACAUACUUGUCUAACAGCAGCAGAUGAGUCUUCAGCCCAGAACAGCACUGAGACCCAGAAGAUAAAAGCAGUGGAGAAGGUGUUUGCAGUACCAAAAGGAUUUUACUGGCAGACAGUUGAAACUGAUGACAAAUACUUCCCUAAUAGCAGCAACAUCAAGGCUUGCAGAGAUACAGACACCAAGGUUGCCAUGGUGCUGCUGUUUGAAAGGCUCUUCCAAAGUCCCCUGGCUACCCAUCGCAUGUUGCAGCUGGUACUCAGUGCAGGUCUGGAUACCUGUGGACUCCACCUGCACUAUCCUCAGCAGGAUGUACUGCUCUCCUGCUCAGGAAAGCUGCCUUCUUCUUGUACUUCAAAGACAAGCAAGGUUCCACCAGUGGUGGCAUUGAGUGUGAGAGGGCCUGAAGCAUACAGCACCUUGCAGGCCCCACAGCUGGCCAGCAUGACGGAAUGCAGCUCCAUCAGUGCCAUCUACUGCAGAAGCCCAGAGGAUCCUCUCAUCCACCUGCCCCUCCUGGAUAGCUAUGCACAGAGGGAGCUCUGCCUCUGGUUUGGAGGGAGGUCUGCUGCAUCAGCACUGCAUGCUGGUGUCCUGCGUCCAGAUUCGCAGUGCGACAGAGCAACGCCAGACAGCCCUUUGUCAACUAGGGCAGAAGCAGAUGAAGAACAGGUUGAUCGCCAGGACAUGGUGCUGUCUCAACCUCUAGCAAUGCUUGUCUCAAGUACCUAAGGGGAUGUCAUUUUGAUGGUGUCACCUGUGAUAUCUCCUUGUGCAUAUGGUAAUGUGAUUUCAGUCUGUACUUGUCGGGGGUUUGUCCUGCAAGGAGUCAGACAGCUGCAGCUUUCACCUGAGCAAGCUGCUGUGCUGAGCAUGACACAAAGUCAGGUGGCUGUAUUUUGCCCUAGUAAGAUUUCAAGUUCUCCUGACAGUUCUGCAACAGGAGAGUUCUCUGCUGAACUACACAUGCACUGUCUUGUUUUGCUGCUGAAGAAGAAGAAUGCUUGUCAUCACAUUCCUGCACUGGUGAAAGGACUGAUGGAUGAACUGGCAAAGCAAGGCCAUGUGCAGAGCAGCCAGGCUCCCACUGCCCAGACCAACCCCUCCAUGUGGUUUCAUGUGGCUCCUUACACCUAGACCUUGCUGCAGGCACUGGGAAGAAGCCUCAGUGAAGUGCCAGAGCCCCAUUACAUUGCUCUGGAUUUUUUCUGCAAUAGAACCUAUGCUUCUGAUCUUGAAAUGGAGCAAGCUGUCAUGCUGGCAGUGGUUGGAACAGAUGCUAUGAAGAGUGCUGGAGAGCUCCUUCACCAGAUCCUUCUUCCUGGGCAAGGAGAUUCUAAUUUCUCUUCACUUGUAGAAGAACACUGUUUGGGAUUUGAGCUCCUUGGUCUCAAAUGGUUGUCCCAUCUCACUUGAUGUCAGGCCAAAGAAGUAACCCCUUUUGAAGUUGGAGAUACUUCCUGGCAAAGCAGCCUUGACACGCUAAUGUCAAACCCAGUCCUUGUGUGUGCAUUACGGCAGAUCAACGCCUUCAGAGUUCUUGCAGAUGCAUUGGAGAGAUUAACACAAUGGAGGGAGAAGCUGAGCAAAAGUGGCAGUCUUCUACAGGUAGUAAUGGCCCUGACCCCAGAGGUGACAUUCAGGCAAGCCAUCCUCUUCUUCACAGAGGCAGAGUUUGUAACUGAUGCAGAACACCACCCUGCUAUGAAAUACCUGCCACCACCUGGCAAGAGGGCCAGGGCUGAAGUGGGAGAGAGGCAGAGAUGCCACACAGAAUCUCUGUUCAUCUACCUGCAAACAGGAGCCCAGAUUCUUUGCACAGUGCUGCUGAUCAAACCCGGUGCCUGGAGCUGCAGUUUUGCAAGGAUCCUCCGAGAACUAGACCUGGAAAAAUUCACUGUGGUUGGCAUGAAACACAUAAACCUGGAACCAGGCGUUGCCUUAGGACUCCUUUCUUCUGAAGUGAAACAGGAUCCUGCUGUUUUAGAAGCUCACUGUUCCUACCUUACUUCAGACACUGCUCUAGUGCUGUGUCUUCAGAGGCCAAAUGCUGUGAAGAAGCUGACAGAUUUACUGGCAGAGGACCCUAAAGUAGCCCAAGCACUAGAUCCAUCCCUCUGGAAGGCUCAGUAUGACAUCAGCACAGUCCAAAAUGGAUUUUAUGGCUCUGAAUCCUAUCAAAUAGCUGUCCGGGAUAUGAAGCUGUUUUUCCCAGAAGGGCUGUGCUACACUGAGUGUCAGACAUUAGAGGAGGAAGAGAUCUAUAACCUGAAACAUGACCUCAUAGUCAGUUUGGAAAUCAAGAAGCAGUGGAAGAUCAUAAAGCAUGGAGCAGGAGGGCAGCUCAGUUCACUGGGCUCUGAGCAACCAUGCAGCCAUGAUCAGCCAUUGCUUGACAACCUCUGCCAAACCACUUGCCUCCUAUUGCCUGGGGUGAGCCUCCGGGGUUCAGAGACCCCACCUUAUGUGGAACUGCUUGAUGAACUCAUUGGCACAGAUUUCACAGUGUCUGGAGUACGUCUCGCUGUUCUGGACAUGCCACAAGCUCACUGCAUCUCCAAGACACUAAGCAAGGCAGGAUGCAGUGCUGCAGCAUGGUGUUCUCUUUUAAAGAAUGGUUUGUGUCUGGUGCUGGCAGCACAGAGAGACAAUGCAGUCAUUUUCUUUGACUCCCUGCUGAACAGGGUCAGCUGGCAGAAGCAGUCAGUCCUAGACACUGUGCAACAUCUCUUUUAUCCUCAAAAUGAGAAUCAGGCUGAAGAGCUGCUCUGUUGCCUUUUUGACUCCCUGACAUCUGAGAGCAUGCGCCAGAUUGAAUCCCGGGAUUGCUAGCCAGUACGGUCCAAGCUUCCAGGCAUGGGUGGAUGCCGCUGCAGGUAUCUGUGCAGAUGGGCACUCAGGGGACACCCAGCCUCUAAGAGCACUGAUGUUUGUUUGUCAUUAAAACAUAACAUCUGAAGUA